AUGCGUGUCAGCAGGGCACAGGGCAUACUGCUGCUGGCUGGCUACAUGACGUACGUGGUGAUGGGUUCCUUUGUCUUCGAGAUUCUGGAGAACGAUCACCACAGAUUUGUAAAAGAUGAAAUUUAUCGCAUGAAAGAGGAUUUUUUUAAGAACUACACCUCUCUCAGCCGAGAAGAGGUGGAGUUUUUCAUAGUGAAACUGAUAACCGCUGUUGAGAUGGGAAUAGAUCCAGUAGGAAGACAACCUCAUGACAAACAAGGCAGCUGGGAUUUCUCUAAUUCUUUCUUCUUCGUGGGCAGUAUGUUAGCCACAGUAGGCUAUGGAUACCUCUGUCCCCGAACAAAAGAAGGUCAGAUCUUUUGUGUUAUUUUUGCUCUCUUUGGAAUCCCCUUCUACCUCAUCUGCUUGAACCAUAUUGGCUUUUUAGUCUCAGGAAUCUUCAAAUACUGUACAGAGAUAGUGUAUGGGAAAGAAAGAAAGAAAUCAGCAAGAUACAUUUUUGUGUUUGUGAUUCUGGGACUUAUAAUGUUUCUUAUUUUGCCAUCGUUCCUCUUUCAAUGGAUGGAGGGCUGGACUUAUCAUGAGGCUGUCUAUUAUACAUUUAUUACACUCAGCACCAUUGGUUUUGGAGACUAUCUAAUAGGGAGGAGGCAUGACAGGACAUAUAUUCCGGGAUACCGGAUGAUCGCAUCCAUUUGGAUCGUCAUGGGUCUGGCCUGGAUAACUGUGUUGUUUGAACUGGUAUCAAAAUUACUGGCACCUGAGGAUCGAAAUGCAAGCUCACAAAAAGAAAGUAGAGGGCAGAACUAA